AUGCGACAUCAGAUCACGGACCUGCUCGCAGGCAUGAGCAGCUCCCCUUUACCCAGUCUCGAGCUCCAUGGCAGUAUAUGUACCCUUGCCUACUAUGAUCAAAUUCAGCCCAGCUCGAAAUUCCAUUUUGUUGAUUUCAUGCGUCAAAUGCUUCUGGCACGGGAGGCAACGCUACGCAUCCAACAAGCUGAGCGACGCUGGUUCGGUGGAAUUACUGCCCGGGUACUCUAUGAUAUGGCUGCAGCUGAUCUUUGGGCUCGGAGUAUGGAAAUACCAGAUAAACCUGAUCAAGGGUAUACUGUUUCACCUGGUGUACUCCGAAGACAACUUGAUGGAAUUGUCAAAUUUGCAGACGAGAUGCAGUGGCCGCAUGCAAAUGAAGUCAGGAAGACAGUGGAUCAGCUGCGCAAAGCAAAAAUUAGCGACCUCAAAGUCGAUGUACGAGUUCACGAUUGGAUAUGCGGUUUGAUUCUCCCGGGCGCAAGCUUCCCCCUCGUUCUUCUCGGGGUUCUUUAUAGGCUCUCACCGACUCUACAAGCCAAUCUGCCAACAAUGACUGUUAAGCUGCGGUUAUCCAACUACGGCAUCGUAUAUGCCAAAGCCUCCUAUUGGAAUUCUCGGUCCGUCCUGGGCAAAGUAUUAGCACCGCUUGUUCUUAGCUCAAGCCCAGAACGCCCCCAGAUCCGUUCUCUGGGUGGCUGGGUCGGGCCAUGUCCUUCUCCCUCGCUUCCUGAUUGCCUCUACGGCGUUGCUGUCUCUAUAUCCGGUCACUCACCCCCUUCUGUUGAUGUGCAGGGUAGAGAAGCAGCACAAACAGCCCCCUCGGCAAUGCUGGGCAUACCGGAUCAAAGUGCUGACUGGAUUCUCCCAACGCCACCAGCACCAUCCACUGAAACAGCAACAUUCCAUACCAUUCGCCUCUCCAAGAAACCAAAAACUGAGGCAAAUGCAAAUGAUGCUGAAAGCUACACUGCCCGACUGGAUUUCCGUCUAUUACGCAGUCGAUCCUUUGUUACGUUUACCCUCUACACCAACAGUGUCUUCGUUGCUGCGCCACCUUGCCAAGGCAUACAUCGAGUUGAUCCACAAGCGACCAGGAAAUAUACUUUUGCUGUGCGAGGUAUAGAAGAGCUAGCGCAAGUUUCGAAGAAAGGCGACAGCUCCACAAACAUGGCUAUUCUGGUUGUGAAUGCUACGGGGGGUCCAUCUAGUGAGGUAUUUGCACGCGCCUGGUGCUGCCACACGGGCACGAAUGCUGUGAUCUGGAAGCUUAAAGGAGGGAAUUCUUGUUUUAAAUGUGGUUUGAUGGUUGCCUCUACGGAUGGGAUAGGGUCUGGAGUGUUAAUUGCUAUAUAG